GCUUCAGCUUACAGAGAGAGAGAGAGAGAGAGAGAGAGAGGAGUGGAAAAGAAUUCAAAUUCCCAGACUUUGGUCCUUAGCGUAGAGACUAGACUAUAGAGUGUACUAGUCUAGAGUCUAGAGAUGGCGAAUCAGUCUCCUCGAUCAACCUCAUGCUGAUCGAAAUGGUUGUGCUUGCAUUUCCUGUUGUUUCAGCUCAAAUUGACAACUUUGCAGGUGACCGUUGGGUGGAGCUUGCACGCCAACUGUUCGAUGUUUUGCCUCACAGAGACUCACCUGUUUCUGCACACAAACCCCAUUUCCCUCGUUUGUGGUAAUUCUGAGAAGAUUAGUGGUGUUGGGUUUGCGUUUCUUCAUUUAUAUGGGGAAUCCAGAAAGCAAAGCUCAUCACCUUCUUAGGUAAAUGCCCAGGAGAAAUAACCCAUUUUUUUAAGGGGUGAGAAAUAGAACCUGUUUUCUGGGCUUCUGUUCUGUUUGAUAUAUGCAUAAUAAGUUGGCUUUCGACUUUCUAGCUGAGGUGAAAAGGUACGUAGUGCUUUCGAUUGGUUAGCUGUUUCUACUUUCUACCACAUCUGCUUGUUCUCUCUACACUUCAACAUUAAUUGUAAAGAACAAUUUUUCUUCAUUAUGAUUGGGAAGGGAUGCAGGACAGCGCUAUAGGAUUGACUGAUUCUAGCGAGACUGGGAGCCAUGCCACCCAAUUUAGAUUUAAAAUCCCACUCUCUCUUUUUUACCACUAUAUGUAUGUAACGGUGUGCGUGUUUCUUUCUGGUAAGGUUAAAGAAAUUGCCUGGCCGCUGAAAGAUGUUAUGCUUCUCUACUAUGAGAGUAUGAAGUUGAGUUACUCAUAAAAAGGAUCCUGCACAAGUUCAGAGAAUCAAGCAGAAAGCAUCCCACAAGACAAAAACCAGUUUGUGACCUUGUAUGAAUUCUGCACUCUGGGGGAGUUAAGCGGCUCCUUGUCUACGAGUAUCCGGAGGGCAUGCAUUAUUUGGGAGAGGCAGACAGGCAGGCCCCCAUGCCCAGGCCCUGUUGACACUCCUCAAAGGCCCUGGUGAUCAGCCCAACUUCCAAUCAGGAGAUUGUCUGGCCUACAGCGUGGAAAGACUCUGUAGAGUCUCGAAGCCCACACUACUGUUAUACCUGGCGGACGCCUAGAUUGCAGGACUCUGAGAGUCUGAGGCAUCCGUACACACAAUGGGUCACAUGCUUAGGUUAGUUGUGAACCCAAUUACCUGCUAAUAAGGCGCGUAAUCUUUCGAACUCAAACUUAGUGGAAGUUCCACUUAAGCCCAAUUUUUGCCGAUCAUGUCACCCCUCAUUGGCAAAAAUUUAAAAUCUUGAAUUCUUGAAUCAAUUCUUGAUUCAUCGGCACGUUUAGAUAUAUGCUUGGGCUUAGUUUGGCCCAUAGCUUAUAAUGUGUAAAAGACAACUAAUUUUACAAGUAACAUCAUUAAGUUGCUAGUUAUAAAAAUUGGUAAAAGACAACUUUCAUAAGUUUAAAACUACAACAACUUGUGAUUUAAGUUAAGCUAUUCCUAUUUGGAUUUAGAAUUCCAAUAAUUGAGUCCCUCCGAUUAUACUACCCCUCCACCCACUUCUCAGUUUUCGUCACCACCGGCAUAUUUUGUCACCUGAUCACCAUCAUCACGUCCUUUCGGUGACAGUAGCAUCUCUGACAUGGAGAGAAUUUGUCGAUGAACCAUUAAACUACUAUGCGUUUUUUAGUGGAAGGCAACAAAAUAAUAAUGAUUUCCUUUUUUCUUUCUUUUUUUCAAUGACUUCUCACUCGUUGUUUUAAAUUCUAGUUUUGAAAGCAAAAUUAAAUAUUUAAUAUCCUUAGUAGUGCUCCAUCAAACAAUUUUAACAUUUCUAGUAACUAUAGUUUUUGGGUGUAAACUGACUUCAUAGGUCCUUUUGAGCAAGUAAGCAUUGAAAAUAUAAAGGUGGAUAUAAAUUUUGGAGCCAUUACUAGAAACAAGAGUAGGGACAUUUUUCCUUAAACUUCUAAUAUUACCCAUACCAAAAUACCUCUCCAUACAUCUACACCUCCACAACCAAUUCGAGUUGCCCACUUUCUCAAGAACGAUCGCUGCUUUUAGGAUUCGAUGAGGUAAACUGUAAAGUACAUCAUACAAAGACUACGCUUGCAUAGAGAGCCACUAAAUGUGUGAUAUUUAACAUAUAAUGUCACUGUUCGGUCUUUUUAGAUUUAAAAACUUUUACAUUAUGAGGACCAGAACUGACCUGAUUUUUUAAAAUCUGUAGUCUGAUUUGUAUUAUUACAAGAAUUUCAUAUGAAAAAAAUUAGACCAAACCGAUCGAUUCGAGCUGAAUUUUUGGGUUAGAAUGCUCAGCUCUAAUUAAAUGGGUUGUGGUGGUGACUAAAAAUUGAUCACAUAUGAAAUUUAAUCCGAUUAACUUUGUCUUGGUACGAAUAUAUAAACUUGACAAUCAAAACAGAUAAUUUUACCGGUCUGUUGGGGAGACACAUCAUUUGGGUUUUACUGGGGUCUAUAUAAACGGCUUCUAUUGAAUUAGAGAAUCACCAAAGAAAGAAACAGAGCGUAGAAAACAGAGCCCAAAACAGAGCAAGAGAAUCACCAAAGAAAGAAACAGAGCAAGAGAAUCAAGAAUGGAGAAUCAGCAGGAGAAUCCACCGGAGAACCCACCGGCGAACAACCCAGAAGCAGUGGAGAAUACUCUUAUUGAAUGCAUUGAAGCAGCCACCAAGUUGUCGUCACCAGAGAAUCAGCAGGAGGAGAACGGCCCAGAAGUACUGGAGAAUACUCUUGUUGAAUGCAUUGAAACAGCCAACAAGCUGUCGUCUCUUCUUGCAAGAGCAUUGAGAAGCCACAGAGAUUUGUUCAAAGAAUCAAGAAUGGAGAUCCCAGUCCCUCCGGAGAAGGAGCCAACAUUUCGGGAGAUUCACAUGCCUAAAUGCAUUGAAGCAGCGAACAAGUUGUCGUCUCUUCUAACAAGAACAUGGUUCUUGCAAGGAACUCCCAUUUCUGGCUCUGCAGGUUUUGCUUCCUCUGUGAAAAAUCGUCUACACGAUCCAGAAACAUCAACCAUUUUCAACACUAUCUGCUCCGAUUUCCCGAAGGUGCACCAGUUGAUGAAAACCCAUAAGAGAACCCGACGCACACUCAGGUUCCAAACUCUUCUUGAGAGAGACAUGGGUGUUGACGACCUCGUGCCUCGCAUUCAGAAGGAGCUAAGAAGCAUGGCCGCGGUUGAAGUUGCAUUGAAAGGUGGAUUUGAAGGUGAAGCGGUAAAAGAACGUCUGAAGAAGUGUAAGGAGAACACCCAAGGCUUGGAGCUGGAAUUUGAAAUCUUGGAGGCUAUUCGUGUGCCAGAGAAGAAAGAUGCGCAAGAUUUAGACUUUGUUGCUAUCUGGGGUGGAAAAGAAGAGAUAGAGGUUUCUGGUGAAGUCUUGGACGAGUGGAACCGAUUCUUGAAUGAAGGGCUUGAUAAAAUUAACAAUGCUCAGGAACAAGCACAAGUAGUCUCGGUUGAGAAUCCAAGGAUCACAGAAUCCAAGGGAAACGAAAUGCGGGCUUAUACUGGAGGAAAAGAAGCAUGUCAAGGCAAAAAGGGGGAACCAAGUCCAGUAAUUUUGUCCAAUUGGGUCAGGAAGAAUCAAAGUAACCGGCCUCCGGUCUGGGACUCUCUCUGGCUUUGCUUGACUGAUGCUGUGAUGUUGGGGUGUCAUGCCUCUGUGCUCCUCGAAUUCUUGUUGGUCUCACUGCCAGAGAGCCAAGAAGGAGAGAUGAAGAUUGGGCAGCUUAAGGCUGCACUGGGAAAGCUUGAUAAAGAUGGAAGAAACAUUGCAGCUAAGAGAGUCUUGGAGUUGGACCUCUUCAGGUUCCCAAGUCAGAACAUGAUUGGUGCUGCUGCUGGUGUUCAAGCUGCUGCUGCUGCUGCUGGUGUUCAAGCUGCUGCUGCUGAUGAUAGAACAAUUUACCAGUUGAAGAAGCUGUUUAUUACAGUGAACUUGAUGUUCCGUCAUCCCAUUUCUCUCGGGAAAGGAGACGAGCCUGUGGUUUCUCUGAAAAGCUAUGCCGGACAGUGCACUAAACUAGUGAAUGCGCUGAAGCAGAAAUUGCGGAUGCCUGAGGAGCACUGGAAUGUGGAGGUGGAGAGAAUGAAGAAGUCAUGGGAGCCCCUAAACGUCAGUCGUCCCAGUAAGUUCAAAACAGUGGGGUAGGGUAUCACAGUUAGAAAGGGGCUUUAAUUCAUCAAGUGUAAAUAUGAAUUGAAUAAAACUUUUGGCCUUUAUGAGAGCUGUUGUUGUAU